AUGGGAUCCUUACUGGUUUUCCAAACCAUUUUCUUAUCCUAUUCCUUCCUCUAUGUUCUUUCAUCCUGUGAGUUUGUAUACCCGAACUUCACUGCUUCAAAUUUUCAAUUUGUUGACCAUGCUGGGGCGUUUUUAUUUUCUCGUAAUGGAACAUUCAAAGCUGCCAUCUUCAAUCCUGGUGCCCAACAAACCAGCUUCUACUUGUGCAUCAUCCACGUGGCUUCUAACAUUGUCAUCUGGUCUGCUAACCGGGACACUCCUAUCUCAAAAUCUGGUAAGAUGAUGCUGACUGUCAAUGGGCUUACCAUGAUCGAUCAAGAUGGCAGUCUCAAAUGGUCUACUCCAGCAUUACAAUCAUCAGCAUCUGCAUUAGUGUUAACUGAUGAUGGUAAUCUUGUAUUGCUUGAUCAGUUCAACGAUUCUCUUUGGGAGAGUUUUCAUUAUCCGACGGACACAAUUGUAAUGGGACAGAGCUUACCUGUUGGGUCAAUACUGUCCAGUGGUGUAUCGAGCUAUAACUUGUCAACAGGUGAUUAUAUGUUUGUCAUUACUUCUGACAAUGCAAUAAUGCAAUGGCGUGGACUGACUUAUUGGAAAUUGUCAACGGAGACCAAUGCUUACACAAACUCAAAUUAUCCAGUUGAGUUCAUGGCAAUAAACAACACAGGCUUCUAUCUUUUUGGCCGCAAUGGAUCUGUAGUUGUAAUUCAGGUGAUUUUGUCUCAUUCUCAUUUCCGAGUUGCCAAGCUGGAUAAUUCUGGUCAGUUUAUUGUCGGUAGCUUUUCGGGUUCUAACUGGAACCAGGAAUUUUUGGGGCCAGUUGAUGAAUGUCAAAUUCCUUUCAUCUGUGGUAGGAUUGGACUGUGUGCCGACAGCACUUUAUCGAAUACUCCUGUUUGUUCAUGUCCAUCAGGCUUCCAGGCUGAUCCACAAAAUACAAGUUCAUGUGCCCCAAGUGAUGUUUCUUAUUCCUUGCCAGUUGCUUGUAAUUCAACCAAUGAUCGUAAUUUGUUGAAUUCGUCUACAUUUUCAUAUAUAGGGCUUGGCUAUGGAAUGAAAUACUUUGCUAUUGAUUUCUUGGAGCCAGUAAAAUAUGGUGUUGAUUUAUCAGUCUGUGAAGAUCUCUGCUCGGGGGAUUGUCGUUGCUUGGGAAUUUUCUAUGAAAAUUCAUCUGGUUCUUGUUAUAUGCUUGAAAAUGAACUAGGAUCCAUUAUGUCAAGAAGCACAAGCAAAAAUAGUCAGCUGGGCUACAUUAAACUUCAAAUUGGAGCUUUGCCAGCAGACUUAGAUCAUAAUGACAGAUUCAGCAAUCGAGGGAAAAUAUUUCCAAUAAUUGAUCAAGUGGUCUUACCCAUCGCAGGUUUCUUCCUGUUGGUUGCACUAGGGUUCCUCUGGUGGAGAAGACGUAGACUUUGUAAGGCUAGAGAGAGAAAAUUAGGCUACCCAUACUCACCUUCUUCGGGAGAACGGGAUGCCUUCUCCAUUCCAGGAUUACCUUUGAGGUUUGAGUACAAAGAGCUUGAGAUGGCAACUGAUAAUUUCAGAACCCAUAUUGGAUCAGGUGGAUUCGGUGCUGUGUACAAGGGUACACUGCAUGACAAUACUGUUGUGGCAGUAAAGAAAAUAACCAAUUUAGGCAUUCAAGGGAAAAAAGAGUUCUACACUGAGAUUGCAGUCAUUGGAAAUAUUCACCAUGUUAAUUUGGUCAAGUUGAGAGGAUUUUGUGCCCAAGGAAGACAGCGCCUACUGGUUUACGAGUAUAUGAAUCGUGGCUCAUUGGAUCGGACCCUCUUUGGGAGUGGGCCAGUUUUAGUGUGGCAGGACAGGUUUGAUAUAGUGCUUGGAACAGCACGUGGGCUUGCAUACUUGCACAGUGGCUGUGAACAUAAGAUCAUACAUUGUGACAUAAAGCCAGAAAAUAUUCUCUUGCAUGACCACUUGCAGGCGAAGAUAUCUGAUUUUGGUCUUUCAAAACUUUUAAGCCCAGAGCAAUCCAGUUUAUUCACAACAAUGAGGGGCACUCGCGGCUAUCUUGCACCUGAAUGGCUUACUAGCUGUGCAAUCUCAGAAAAAACUGAUGUUUACAGUUUUGGAAUGGUGCUACUUGAAAUUCUGAGUGGAAGGAAAAAUUGCUUUUUACGAACUCAAAGCUAUAGUGUUGAUGAUAAUAAUAGUUGUAGUGGCCACUCAACGUCAUUGGGGUCGAAAAUUGUAUAUUUCCCACUAUUUGCAUUGGAAAUGCAUGAGAAAGGAAGGUACUUGGAGCUCGCUGAUCCCAGGCUGGAGGGCCGAGUGGAAAGUGAGGAAGUGGAGAAGUUAGUGCGUGUGGCUUUGUGCUGUGUUCAUGAGGAUCCAGCAUUAAGGCCAGAUAUGGCUACUGUUGUUGGGAUGUUAGAAGGUGGGAUUCCAUUGGUUCAACCAAGAAUGGAAUCUUUGAACUUCUUGCGUUUUUAUGGGCGUCGAUUUACUGAAGCUUCAACAAUAGCUGGGGGAAGUGAGCAACACAAUUUUAUGAUAUAUCCACGGGCAAAUGCUUCUCUUACAAGCAUGACGAGUGGCUCACAUGCUUCUUUCUCUUAUGUUUCAUCACAGCAGAUUUCAGGGCCUAGAUAG